AGAGUACAGCUGUCGAAGAGGCGCAGAGACGCGCCGACGUCCCUCUACGCAGCACCCCGCUACCAAUAACAGCAGCGCCUUUUCGGUUGUCGUACAGCAACGUGCACACUCACUUAUAUUAUCAAAGAGUAUUUCGUUAAAAGAAAACUCGUAGAUCUCUUUGCGUGUGUGCGUGUGUGUGUUUUCUUUUAUGAGCCACAUCAGCGAAAGCGACGUGGCGGAUGCCCGCGCUGGUGCGCAGCCGCCCACGAGCGACCCCGCCGUCCCCGCCUCUCUCGCGCGCCUCAGAAACGCGUUCGGCCCUAGUGAUGGUGAUGAUGGUGGUGGUGGUCAGAGGGGUGCCGUGCGACCUGGACCAGCAUCGAACAACCUUACAGCUGCCCCGGCAGAGCCGCCAGCUGUCCUGUCCGAUACAGCGCAACUUAACGUAGACUCGAUCCGUGUCGACCGCAGCUCCGCGACGUCCGCGCCGGACACCAGCGGCGUCUAUAGAGCACGCGAGUACUUCCAGGUGCCCCCACCUUCGCCCUCCGCUCAUCGUGACAGCAGGGACGACAGACAGGCGAACACGACCACCACCGCUGCGCUGUUGGCUCCUCCCCCGCAGAGUGCCACCCAUCACGUCAUCCAUGGUGGCGGCAGCAGCAGCAGCAGCGACGAAGCUGACUACAACGACGGGGAGCCGGCCAUAUCCGCCGCGGCCCCGCACGCACCACUGGUGACUCCGGCGCUACCUCCACCUUCGCACGAGCAGCACGACCUCGCACUGCACCGGCGCAGCAGCAGCAGCAGCAGCUCCGAUGUGUCCCCGCCUCGCCCCCCUGCCCACCGCCUCACCGCCGAGGAGGAACAGCUGGCUCGUAUACGCGCCUACAAUGAAAUGUCUCGCACCAACGCGAACGGCGCACGCGGGGCGGACGACAGGCGCGGCUUCCUCGCCGACACGGUCACCACGCUGCUGCCAGACGGCGUGACACAGUGGUUUGCGCACUCGACGGAUGUCGUUGCGCAGCAGUCGAUGGGUGUUGUGCCGGCCGGCGUAAAGCAGGCGGCGAACGCGAUCGGCAACGGCGCCCAGCACAUCGGCGACGUCAUCGAGCAGGUGCCGAACAUGAUGGUGAACGCGAUUCCCACGGCGAUCAUGUCGAACGAGGUGAAGCAGCUCCUCUUCACGGACUUCAGCAACACCUUCCGCAGCUUCUUUCACACGAACAUCUUGUCCAUGCCCUUUGUCAUCCGUCAGGCGGGGCUGGUGGGCGGCGUGCUUCUCCUGACCUUCGUCGCCGUCACCUCCGAGUACGCCACAGAGGCCUACUUCGGCGCAAAGAAGCAGCUGAAAAAUGCGGAUGAAGUCAUCGUUUACGGCGAUGUGCCGCGGAUGGUGUGGGGGAAGUGGUAUCCCAUGCUCAACAUCUUCUACGGCGUGACACACCUCAUUGGCUUCAUCGCCUUCUCUGCCUCGAACUCCGUCGUGCUGCUCGGGUCGAUGGGCAUGACUGGCGGCGGUGCGCGGGCGCUGGGCCUCAUCGUCCCCUCCCUCAUUGCUCUCCCGCUGGUGCUCAUGAAGAACGUCCACAGUCAGGAGCCGCUGUCCAUCUUGUCGAACCUACUCGUGAUUACGGCGGUGGUGUUGAUGUUCAUUGACUUCCCCUACACGGUGGCCGCGCCACUCAAGCUCUGGCCCACCUCCGCCACGGAGUUCUUCGUCGCGUUAGGUGUCAGCGUGUACGCCUUCACUGGUAUCGGUUCUACGCUCUCCGUGGAGCGGGCGAUGUCGCCGCGGCGCUACCGCAGACUCCUCCGCGCCUCCGUCGCGCUCGCCUACGCGCUUCUGCUUGCCUUUGGCCUCAGCGGCUUCUUGUCCUACGGCAGCCGCACCUGCUCCGUUAUGACCGUCUCGCUGCAAAAAGGUCCUCUCCGCACCGCCGUCAGUGCUCUUCUCUUCUUCGCCUCCCUCAUGAUCAUCCCCCAGCAAACGUUUCCCCUGUGUGAGCUGUCCGACCGCCGCCUGCUCGGCAUUACGCGAUUGACCACCUACUGGGAUGUGAAGCCGAAUCUCAUGCGAAUUGCCUACCUCAUCGUGAGUGCCUUUGUCGCCUUUAUCGUCCCGUACUACGGUCUGCUGCUCUCCAUCUCCGGCGCGCUGGGGUGCGGCAUUGUGGGGCUCGUCGUGCCCGCCGGCCUGGACUACGUCCGACGUGAGCGGAAAGGCCUCCAUCACAACCGCACCAUGCGCUUCUACGAGUACCUGAUCGUGUUCAGCCUCGGCCUCUACGGCUGCGUGGUGGUGGUGGUGGGGGUCGUGUCGGGCAGCUACCAGCUGUGGAUCAGUAUCCAAACAGCGUCGACCGACUCGUGUUAG